UGAAGGACACUUCCACACUGCGCGACCGACUCAGCGGUCAGCGCACACCGCCGCCGACGCCCCCUCUCCUCUCGCAAAAUCGCAAUGGCGCGGACCUCACGCCAAACCCUGGCCCCGCCGUCCGCGACCUCCCUCCGCCGACUGUACGGCCACUCCAAGCCGCCUCCUCCGGCGGCCUCGGCGUUUAGGAAGGCCGCAGCGGUGCUUCUUCUCGCCGCGGCCGUGGCGCUGCCCUGCGCCGUGCUGUACCGGGCCGUCGUGUCGAACACGCCUCCACCGGUGCAGGUCGCCUCGGAUCGCCAGCAGUGGGACCCUCCUCUCGCUCCGGUUAUGGUCCCCGAGGCUGAGGAGGGCAGCCACCGCGACCCCAUUUCCGCCGACGAUCUGGACAGUGAAUAUCUCAAACUUGAGCAAGUUCUACAAGAGGCUUCUAUGGACAAUAAGACCAUUAUAUUGACGACACUUAAUGCUGCAUGGUCUUCUCCAGGCUCAGUUAUAGAUCUUUUCAUUGAUAGCUUCCGUCAUGGUGUUAGAACUAGUUCACUACUGAAACACCUUGUGAUAAUAGCCUUCGACUGGAAAGCAUAUAAACGAUGUACUGAGGUCCAUACCUACUGUUAUGCUCUUGUAACUGAUAAUGUGGAUUUCUCUCAAGAGAAGAGGUUUCUGACUGCUGGGUAUCUGGAGAUGAUGUGGAAAAGACUGGAUUUCUUGCGCCUAGUUCUUGAAAAAGGUUACAGCUUCAUUUUCUCGGAUGCAGAUAUCAUGUGGUUUCGCAAUCCAUUUCCAUAUUUUUAUCCCGAUGGAGAUUUUCAAGUUGCAUGUGAUCACUAUGUAGGCAAUUCAACUGACUUGAGAAACAUAGCUAAUGGGGGAUUCAACUAUGUGAAGUCGAACAAUCAAAGCAUAGAGUUUUACAAGUAUUGGUAUUCUUCACGACUGAGAUACCCUGGUUAUCAUGACCAGGAUGUACUUAAUUUUAUAAAGCAUGAUCCUUACAUUAUGGAUAUUGGAUUAACCAUUAAAUUUUUAAGUACUACAUACUUUGGUGGUAUUUGUGAGCCAAGCAAAGAUUUAAAUGAGGUCUGCACAAUGCAUGCUAACUGUUGCAUUGGAUUGCAAAGCAAACUUCAUGAUUUAAGAAUCAUCAUGGAAGACUGGAGGGAUUACAUGUCUAUGCCAUUAAGCUUAAAAACAUUUGGGGCAUUUUCAUGGAGGGUACCGCAGAAUUGCAGGUGUAAAUCUACCUUGGAAUUAAGUUAGAGGUUCUUGUACUGUUGUACAUAAAACUAUAUUAUGUGAUCAAUUACAUACUGUUGACAUGUCUAACAAUGUUGGUUCCUUUAUGCAGUCUUUCAUUGUUAAACCAGUGAGGCAUGUUUUUGCCUUUUCGGAUGCAAAUGGGUGUGGUAUAGUCAAACAAACAUGUCAACUUCUGAGAUUUUUUGUUGGCAACUGGAAAGAAAAAUGUACUUGAAAGGAAAAACCAGUGCAUGAGGAACUCCACCUUUUGUUUGAGAAAGACCCGGCUUAGCCAGAUUAUAAUAUCUUAAGGACUCUGCCAAUUGAUGCCUUCGUCAGUGCUAUGCAUCUCUACUUUGGAAAAAUAACCAACAUGAAGGUGCAAGCUGUUUCUAUUCUCCCUUUUCCAUUUGACAGUGGAGCUGCAGCCUUAUGUGCAAAAUUUCCAUUUGCAUCAGUUAUGUAUACGUUUCCUCUGUCUGAUAAGCACCGCAAGAGAGACACUAAUAGAAGUGAUCUGGACACAGGAUUGGUAGAUAAGUCACUUUACUAAAAUCAUCUUUACUGAUGAUUUCCAGAAGCCUGAUGCAUAGUUUUCUGGCCUUUCAGUGGAGGCCCUUUUUCUCCUCUUAUUCAUAGUCUAAAAACCAGCAUGAUGCAACUUUAUAAUCGUCUCAGUGUCCAAGAAUGGACUUUAUUUAGAACGUGACGGUGAAUCUUAAUUCGUGACUUGUGACAGUAUCAAUCGGGAUCAUUUCAAGUUUUAAUGUUGAAGGCAUCCGCACAGCAAAAGAUGAGCUGGUUAUGACUUCCCAGUGCAAAAGAUGAGCUGGUUAUCACCGCAGAAACCAAAGUGCCAAGGAAUACAUAUCUUAAAACAGAAUGACUGAAUGAGGGGUGGAAUGGUAUAUUCAGUGUUUAUAGGAUUCCUGUUGCUUCUACUGCAUUGAGGGCUCACUUGAUUCAUUUGGUAAAGUGAAGGAAAAACAUGAGAAUAUAAAUUUCCCUUUGAUGGCGCUAUUCUCUCAUUUGAUUGAUUCAAAGGAAUGGAGCAAAGAAUUAUAAAGGAAACUACAACUAUCGUCUGAUCUUUGGGUUUCCAGAAAUAUCUCAUUGUUGUAUUCUUAUAUGCACAAUGGAUGAUGGACUUACAGCAUAUCCAACCGGACCUCACUUUGUCCUCAUUUGUCCGGAUAGUGCACCGACAAGAGAGAAAAAGAAAAGGCCUAUCCAACCAAAUGAGGGGCCAAAUCGUCCCAAUGUCUGACCUGUCCACAAAUCCUCAAACUCAGCCCAGAUGUGAGGAGGAAAUGAGAGUGUUCAGGCACUCCGACACGGCCCACUUUGGACCACUUUAUCCUUUUAUUUUUUCUUUCUUUUCUCUCUUCAUUCCCAUCAAUCAUAUGUAUGCAUCUAGAUAAUUUGAGGGAUAUGUCUGCGUGCAUGAACACAUGAGGGUUCGGAAUGGACAGGUCAGAUACAUCCGUGGACAAAUGAGGGGCCAAAUUCCUCGACAUGGCCUGCCAGGCCAAAUCCGCCUCACAUUUGAGUAGGAAAUGGGGGUGCCGAACAGCUCGGACAUAUGGGCGAGAAAUAGUGGGUCAUGUUGGGUGGCGACUUUCUGUCCGGGCGCGGGCGGUCUACCCAGAUAAAUGGGGACGAUGGUUGGAGAGGCUCUUAAAUGACGUAUUGACAUUAUGUUUUCCCUUUUCAAUGCUAUGAUUUCCAUUUCACUGCUUAUUAGAGACUUGUUUUUUCUGUGAAUCGUGUACAAAACUUAUGUUUUCCUAGCCUCUGUUUUAUACAUGUAUUCCUAUCAUAUUCUUAUGUUAUUAUUAAUAUACCAAAAUCCUGCGAA